CGCGGUUUGGACGACGCCAAGUCGGGGUCAACUCCUCCCUCGUUAAUCUAGCUCAAAUCGGUUAAUCCGCAUGUGUCACCUACUAAAGAAGGACUAGUUUAUCCUCGGCCCACUCCUUUUGCUGAGAAUCACGUGCAUCCCGUGCAUCCCGCCCUGUAUGAUUUUUUGGGUUGGAAUGGGCGCAAACCUGUUUGUGUUGCAGCUUGCAGCUCGCAUCCAGUCUUUCCAACCUCUUUCUCCGGCCAAACUGCAUCUAGAACCUUUUUUCAUAUCCCAUCUCAGGUGCAUUCGAAACCCCUUGAGUUCGAGAGCUAGCGGCUCGCAAGUCGUCGCCAGCCAUCUAUCCCUACUAGUUAAUCAUUUCGUCACCCUUGCCCCUAUCUAAUGUCCAUCACGAUUGUCGGUUCGAAACGCCGUCGCGGGUACCCUGUUUGCUGGUUUACCUCUAUCGAUCUUAAACCAUGGACAUAGCGACGGCGAUGGCGCCAGAAAGCUUACCACUAUCCUUCGUGGAAAACGACAUCGAACCUAGCAGUUGCCCCCCAGUCAACCAACGCCAAUACCAUGAGGUUGUUCUACAAAUCCCACCUAGCCAGGCGGAAGAAGACGUGGAAAAAGAGCUUAUCAGUAUAGCCCAAGGGAUUGGUUUAGAGACCUCUAAUGCUAUACAUCCACAGUUCGAUAUGUCCCAAUUGGCGAACCAUUUUCCCAAUCAGUCUUCUCACCUUAACUUGGAAUCUUCUCCCCUUACUUCAACCAGCUCUCCUCAUGCAAAUAACAAUAAUGUGUCUUCUCCGCCAACUAUAUCCUCAAGCAAUGAAAUCGCCAGCAGUAUGUAUUCUGCUACCUCCAUUUCCACGCGCCCAACAUCGCACGGCUCCGUUGUAGAGCAGCCAUCCAUUUCGCCGGUGUCAAGGCCCGGACAGUGUUACAGGUCAAGUUUAUCGUUCGUGAAACAGGGUAGUCGUGAGCGAAGGGUGAGGUUUAGUAGUUUCAGGUUAUCCUUUGGAAAAUUUCCGAAUUUUAGAAGGCGUUCCGCUACAGCCGUCUCAACACCUACCUCUCCUGUAUGGUCCGAAACCAGAUCCAUCACGCCAGGCCUUGACAACCUACAAUUCCUAGAUUCGCAGUCCAAAUUGGGAAACCAGACCCCGCAGUCGAAUAAUAACCCCUCGUUCAAUCAUAGCAAUAAUGUUGAUAAGCUUGCUACGAUGAAGACUUUGAAUUGCCCUAAAAUACAAGAAUUGCGUAGUGCUCAGAAAGCCCAACGAGACCGAUUCCUGGCAUUCAAGGAAGAAGCACUCGAAACUCUUUAUCUCAGGCACGAAGAGUCGAAAUCUUUGAAGAGAAGGGAAUAUGAGAAAGUGGAACGUGAUAUAGAUGACCAGAAUAUGCAAGAAGCAAAUCGACUUGAGGAGCUUCAACUUAGCGCUGAACUCGAUCUAGUUGAGGAACUACGGCGAGAAAGGCAAACUCUAGAGAUGCGUAUCCUCCAUAUGGAAGGUUACCUCAGUAACGCUCCGCGAAAUUCCGAAUCCAGGCUUUCGAAUAACGAUGUUGACAACCACUCUUAUAUCCAUCAACCCCACCGCCAAGUCACUCAAAAAGAUAGGGACCAUCUACUCGAAAAGUACCGCGAACGGGACAGGAUGGAUACUCUCCAUAUAUCAAAGAUCAAAGUGCUCCGAGACACCCAAGAACGGAAAUACCUAGAAACAGUGUCCAAGCAGGAGAAGAAAGCCAGCAAAGUGGCCCAAGUACAUGAGAACGCAUUCCAGAACCUUGUCAGCCGUUGUGACAACGAGACUGCAGCUGCUAAUGCGUGGUUUCUCAGUCGAAAACAACACCUGAGAAUGAGGUGGAUGCUUGAAGAAGCGAUUGUUAGAAAAAGAUUGGAAAUCGACACGGGUAUCUCUUAUGUUCCAUUGCCAGUGAUUUCAUUUUCGGAGGAAUAUGCAGAGAGACCUGAUUAAUCUCGACUCACACAACACGACGCGCAUCUCAUGAAUCAACCUUGGUGCGCUCCCCUUUGCUCUCUGUCUGCAAUACGCCCUGGCACUCCGGCACCCACGGCUCCCAUUGAUAUGCGGUCCGGUUUAUGAAGAGUCCGACACUUUCACGCUCCCCUAAGUAUCCACCCCAUAUCAACUCUGCAUAUAACUCGUACUCCUUUCUACCUUUUAACGGCCCUUUCAUCCCCUGUUUUACGACAUGAUGCCAGUUCUAUACCCCUCAUUUUCUGUUGCAUGGUUCUCAUUCAGUUUUUCUUUUCGUUUGGUUUUUUCAUUUUUGUUGCAUAACAUGAUUGGUUUUGUUUACUUUGUAUAGAGGAAAGGUGUCAAGAAAAAGGGCAAAAAAUAGAAGCAGAUUUAAGCGAUCUGUUUUUGCCCAUAAUAUUUAGUGUAAUAUUUCAUUCAGCCGUACAUACCAAACUAUAUAUUAAGUUAAUUCGACUUGCGAUCCCUCUAUUCUACCUUGUUUUGUAAUACUGAUUCGACAAGCCUCUGUGAAGACCUACCCUCUAAUCAUUCUGUUCGAUUUACUCUAGUGCUUAGAGAACGAUCACAUACUUACUUGACCAACAUAAUAAAGUCUACCAUAGAUCAUUAUAUAUAGGUCACCGACAAUGACUCGUAAUAACGAGGACGAGUACAGUCAUUCCUCUUCUUCUACUUGUUCUACUUCACUUAUCAAAUUCUGAUACAUAUUCUAAUUUUGAACCAUGCGAAUUUUCAAAGCCUCUUUAAGUUAAAACGCGAAU